AUGAUUUCUGCCAGACUUGAACUGGCGACCGUCUGUGUGUUAGACAGACGUGAUAACCAACUACACCAAGAAACCAGGAUUGAUUCAUCUCCAACUACAUCUCAAUUGCCUGUACCUCUGUUAUCGUCUCCAGUUCUUUUCUCCUUCUCUGAAGGUGGUUCUGGUGUUUUACCAUCAACUUCGCACUUUUUUGUCCCAGUUUCAGACCUUUCUUUUUCUGCUUUGCCUGCUCCUGGUUCCCACGAAUUUUUUUUUCAAGCUCCUCCAACAAUGAUUGGUUCCCAAAAACAGGUGAUUAAUUCCACUGGCCGCCCUACUCCCACUGCUCUCAUUUUGUCUGGCCUCAAGGCAGACUUUAAAAAAUUGCACAAUGUUUUGUCCUGUUCACAUUGCCAGACUACAGGCAAAAUUGUUUCUAAUGGGUCUACUUCUCGUACUGGUAGCCCACAGUUUAAAUGCAAAUGUGGUGCAACAUUUACUGCUUCAUCCAUGCAAUCUUUGAUCAAUGCAGUCCAACACAAAAUUCCUGAAGUUCAUUCUGCAAGUGAGCCUGUUGUGUCCCCUUCUGUUUCCAUCUUGGGUCAUAGUAUUUCCAUGGCAGAUAUCCAUGAAAUUGAAUCUGACAUUGCACCUGUUCUUCCAACUGUAAUGCCCACUCUUCAGGAUAUUUGGGACCGUUUCCAGGCUUAUGAUGAACGUCUUUCUGCAUUGGAGGCUGUUCAAAAAGAGAACAUUGAGUUGUGUAAGGCUCUUGCUACUGCAAACGCCACUAUUGCACGUUUGACAAAGGAGAAUGUUGAUUUUUCUGUUGGUGCUGCAGCAUCCAAAUAUGCUACUAUUGCUGCCUCUGUUCCAGUUGUUUCUCAGGCUGAUUUUCCAUCACUUCCUGCAUCCCAGACCCAUCAUUCCACUGAACCCACCAAGACUUUCGUUUCUAAAACACCACGUAAAAGGGCUCCAACUGCUAGGGCCAUUGCUGCUGUUGUUCGUGGCAUGACAAUUAAAGAAAAUGCUGAUCAGGGGUUUCAAAUUGUUUAUGUACCUAAUGCUAUCCAUUUCCCCAUUAGUACUCAACGUCAACGUCUUAGGAAAUUAAAGAUAGACAAUGCACGUGUGCUGGAUCUCCACUAUCCUGAUCGUAAGGUGAUGGGAAUGCUUGUACAUAAUGAGUAUGCUCCUGAGCUCAAGACUAUCCUGGCGAGUUAUGGUGUUACUACUUUGGAUAACUUUGAUCCUCUGGACCCUGUUCACCUCCGUGACCCAGCUCUGGCCUCUCUUUCACUUGAUGAUAGGGCAACAAAAGCUAUACAUGUUCACAAUGAUCGUAUGCUACGUGCCAUUGAAUUCAUUAGGGCUCCUGUCAAGUUUGCUGUUGCACGUUCCUUUUGCUCUCAGGGAUGGAUUAGUGAUGACCAACUAGCUGAGAUUACCAUACCUACGAUCCUUUCAUAUGCUCCACUUACUUCCCUUCUUUUUAUCACUGAAACGUGGCUUUUGUCCCCCCAUCGUUAUCCUACUUCUUGGCAGCAGUACCAUACCUAUGGUCAGUCUGUCCCCAAUGCUAGCCGUGGCUGCAUGGGUAUUUCUCUUCUUGUAAAUCCUUCUUUCCCUUACCCCAUUUCUAUUGUUCCUUCUUCUUCUCCUUAUGUUCUUUCUUGUAUUGUAUUUGAUUGUCUUAUUCAUUGCAUUUAUCUUCCCCCUUCUCUUUCUAAUGACGAUGCAAUUUCUAUUCUUUAUGACCUCCCCCUCUCUUCUUCUUCUAUUCCUUCUUCUAACACUAUUUUUUGUGGUGAUUUUAAUUCACGUAUGGGAUCCUUUCUUGGUGACCAUGCUAUCACUUCGCGAGGAACUUCUUUUCUUCAGUGGAUCCAGGCAACUGGUCUCACUUGUUGGAAUGAAUUACUUGCAUUUGGUAUUCCUACCUUUCUUUCUGGUGGCUCUGGUACCUCACGUUCCAGUGUCAUUGAUUUAUUUCUUUCUACGCCCCCCCUUCUCAAUCCUUCUAUGCAAAUUCGUUCUGAUCUUUCUUUAGGCUCUGAUCACAAAAUGGUCAACCUCACUUUCACUCCCUAUGUUUCACCUCCCCCUCCCCCUACUAAUCAUCCGCGCCUACUUUGGAAUCUUUCUGGGCUUGCUCAGCCUGACACUCUCAAGAUCUACAUUGAUACAGCUUCUGGGUCAUUGGACAAUCUGACAGAGCAGUUCAGUGCUUUCCUUUCUUCUUCUUCUCCUCCUCCUGUAGAUUCUCUGUGCUCUGCUUUUGCUCAAGCUAUCUAUGAUGCUCUGGACACUGCUGUUGGUCGUCGUACACCACGUACCAUGCAAAAGUACUGGUUCUGGUCAGUGGACCUUCAAGAAGCAAUGGAUCUGAGAGAACGCAGCUACCAACGCUGGCGUCAUUCUAGUGGUUUGCAGAAGGCUAUAUGCUGGAUGCGCCAUCAGGAUGCAUGUCAUGCUGUUAGGUUAUCAGUCCAGCGUUGUCGACAUGAAACAUGGAAAGAAUUCUGCAACAAAUUGGCAACACAAGACUUUGCAAAGACAACAGCAACAAUGAAACGUAUUAAAAGCCAUCGUCAAACCAGUCCUGUCUUUGUGGAUCCUGGUGGACCUCAAGUAGCUGCUAACAAAAUGGCUGAUCAUCUUCAACAGAUUUUCUCAGGUCAAUUUCUUCCUGCACGCCGCCCUCCAGACCAGACAGUGAUGAUUUCAUCACCAAUUGCAAUUGAUGAAUCAUGUCCUUUUACUCAUCUUUCUGUAGAGAGUGCAAUUUUCAAGCUUCCUACACGCAAGACUCCUGGUGUUGACAAUCUUCGUGCUGAAAUGCUUCACCCAAUUGUUAAGCAAGUCUCUCCUGUUCUUUGUCUUUUGUUCCAGCUUUGUUGGCAAUGGGGUUCUGCACCUCUUGCAUGGCGUACUGCACAAGUUGUCCCCAUCUUUAAAAAGGGUGAUACUCAUGACCCUGCUAACUAUC